UACAGAUUGAUAGCUUUGUCUCAGACGCAGAGGAUUUAAAAAGAGACAGAAAGAAGCAAGAAGCAAUUGAAUCCCAUUGAUGUGCAUCAGGUAUACAAAGCUUAGUGAAGAAAUUCUGCCUUCAGCACCAUGAACAGCUCUCUGGCUCAACCACUUCACUAUGCGGGAGGCUACGAACCCCAGGAUUCCAAAGAGUGGAAGGUGGUGAUCCCAGCUUUCUUGGGGGUGAUCUGCCUGGCUGGUUUUGCAGGGAAUGUGUGUGUAAUUGGGAUCCUCCUGCAUAACUCAAAGAAAGGAAAACCUUCCAUGAUCCACUCCUUGAUCCUGAACCUCAGCCUGGCAGAUCUGCUUCUCAUCCUUUUUGUUGUGCCUUUCAGGGCAGCUGCUUACUCCAAGGGAGCCUGGUACCUGGGUUGGUUUCUUUGCAAAACUUCUGACUGGUUUCGAGAUGCUUGUAUGACAGCCAAGAGCUUCACCAUUGCUGUGGUAGCCAAGACUUGCUUCAUGUAUGCAAAUAACCCAGCUAAACAAGUGAACAUUAAGUGGCACACCAUCUGUGCUGUGCUGUUGGCUAUUUGGCUAGUGGCCUUGGGAAUCCCACUGCCCUUGUGGUUCUUUAGCAUCUUCUGGGAGACAGAGGUGGGCUCUUCUUUGUGCAUUGUGAUUAUUCCAGCUCAUGCUCACAAAUUUAUGUCUAUCUUUGUCAAGCUCUAUCCCCUGCUGGUAUUUUGUGCACCCCUUACCUUUGCUUUCUUUUAUUUCUGGAGAGCAUAUGGCAGAUGUCAGCGGAGGGGGACCAAGACUCAAAACCUGAGGAAUCAGAUCCGAUCCAGAUGCCUCACUAUGAUGCUUCUGAGCGUUACUGUCACCUCUACAGUGAUGUGGCUCCCCGACUGGAUUUCUUGGCUAUGGCUAUGGCAUCAAAGGAAGGAUGGGCCUGCUCCCCCACAAGGAUUCAUGGCCACCACCCAAGUCUUGAUGUUUGCCAUAUCUUCAGCUAACCCUCUUAUCUUUGUACUUAUGUCUGAAGAGUUCAGAGAGGGUUUCAAAGGCUUGUGGAAAAGGCUUACACUGAAAAAAACCCUGCCUACUCCAGAAGGUCAGGAGGAAACUGCAGCUGAUGACUCAGAGGGAGCCCCAGAUUCUGUUCCUUCCCCAGAGCCAGUGACGCCUAUUCAAGAGAAAGAGCUGCCUUCUGUCCCCCAUACAUCGGAAAGCAUGGAAAUCAAGGAGAUGCCCAUUUUGCCAGAUGUUGAGCAAUUCUGGCAUGACAGGGAAGCAGUUCCUGAUGCUCAAGACAAUGACCCUAUUCCCUGGGAACAUGAAGGACAAGAGACAGUAGGUUGUGCUCAGAAAAACUGA